AAAGCUUAAUCAGCAGCCAUGGAAGAGUUUCCACCGCACCAUUUCUUGUGCCCAAUAUCAAGAGAGGUCAUGAAGGAGCCUGUCACAAUUUUCAGCGGCGUCACCUACGAUCGAACCAGCAUCGAAAAAUGGUUCUUCACUUACAAGAAGAAGACAUGUCCAGCCACCAUGCAGAAAGCUUCCGAUUUCACCCUAACUCCCAAUCACACUCUCAACCGCCUCAUUCUCUCUUGGGAAUCUCCCAAGAACAACACGACGUCGUCUCCUUCUUCUUCUUCUUCUUCUUCUUCGAAUGGUAAACAAGAACACAUGGUUGAGCUUCUCAGCGCCAUAGAUUCCUCUCCGUUUAAGGUCCGAUCUUUGAAAGAAUUAAGUUCUCUUCUUCAGAUUAAUGGCGACGACGCUGCCAAAUCGGAUUUGAUCCGAUCCAACGGCGUCCAAAUCCUCUGUCGAAUUUUGACGCAGAUUCUUUUAUCGGACGCAUCUGAUUUCGUUACGUUUCGAGCUUGUGAAGAAGCCAUAGCCGUUCUAUACCAGUUGGUUACUGUUGUUGUUAUUGUAUCAGAAAAAGAAGAGGAGAAAUUAGUGUUUGAUUUAUUGUCUCAACCAGACUCGAUGAGAUCCAUGGCGAUCAUGCUCCAAAGAGCAAGCGCCGAGACAAGGCUCCACACUCUCUCGAUUCUCCGAAACAUCGCGAAGAAGACCGAUUACGAUUGGAACUCAGACGCCGCGGUAAUCAUUCAUCAAGGAACAGAUUUCUUCAAAUCUUUGUUGGAGCUCGUCUCUGAUCAAAUCAGCACCAAGGCGAGCUCAGCAGCGCUAGAGGUUUUGAUAGAGAUUCUAAGCAAGUCGAAGAAGAGCAGGCUUCGAGCGAUCGAGGCCGGCGCGGUGUGUGUCCUCGUCGAGCUUCUGCCGGAGUCGAACCGAUCGAGAUGCGAGAAAAUGCUGUACUUGACGAAGCUAGUGUGCGAAUGCGCGGAGGGGAGGACAGCGCUGGUGGAGCAUGGGAUGGGAAUCGCGGCGGUGUCGAAGAAGAUGUUGGAGGUGUCGAGGACGGCGACGAAGGUGGCUGUGAAGGUACUGAAUUUGGUGAGUUGUUUUCAUGGGAAUGAGAAGGUGUUGGAGGAGAUGGUGAUGUGUGGAGCGGUGAAGAAGCUGGUGGCGCUGCUUCAUAUGGAUGGCAGAAGCUCAACCAAAGAAAAGGUUGUGAAGAUGUUCAAGUUGCAUGCCAAUUCAUGGAAACGAUACCCUUGUUUUGCCAUUCACUUCAACGAAUAUUUGGGCUUAAUUGUUAAUAGUAAUAACAACACUUAUAACAGUAUUUCCAUCUAAUUGAAUUUUCCCUCACAUUUUUGGAUAUUCAAAAUUUAAAUGUGCCAUACUGCUGUUACAUAUGUAAGAUCAUACUUUAACAAAAAAAAACAAAAAAAAAAAGAAAAGAAAAAAUGUUAUAAUAGAAAUAUAACAUGACUAUUAUAAAAUAUAUAUAGUUUGAUGUUAUUACGUAUAAGCAUUAUUGUUGUUAUUUGAGGUUUGAAUUGUGUGGCUGGCCUUUUAUUGUUUUGUUGAUUAUGACUUAAUUCCGCAAAAGUUUGAAUCAAAUUUGUAGUUUUCAUUUGAUAUUAUUACUUGUGUUAUUCAAAUUACUACAUUUGGAUUUUGUGAUAAUAAAUUGAGAAAGAUAGAGAA